UGCCCCUACAGCAUAGGAAGCAGCAGCAUCUACGACACGAAUCCAAGAUCGCGGAGAAGUACGACACCCGAGUCGCUGUCCAAACCACCCUCCUCUCCACCCGCUGGUGCACCUCCUGAAAAUCAACCCUCACUUCCCUCCACUUCCAAACCUCCUCCCCUCCGGCCGACGCCAACCGCUUCCGCCUCUUCGUCGAAAAGAUCCUCACCCUCUGCGACCCCGAUUCCGCCGACCUUUCCACCCUCUCCCUCGUCGCUCACCGACCCCGAAUUAACUGAUCUCUUCGAUCGGAUCUACUCCUACGGCUCAACCCACCGCGCCCGAACCUUCCACUUCACCGACCUAACCCUAACCACCGCAAUUAAUCCAUUCCCCCCAAAAAUUCACCUCCCUCUGCGCAAUUGUCAAACACCUCGAAAUUUCCACCAAAUUCGAUCUCCACAAACUGAUCGUCGAGUCCUCGAAUCUCCCAACCUAACCUCGCUCCGCCUCUGCCGUUGCGUGAUACCCACCUCGACCCGAACCGUGGCGGUGUAUUCCGACCAGGAGCGCUGCAUUCACAAGUCUUUUGAGUCCAUGCCGAAUGUGGAGAAGUUGGAGCUGGUCCACUGCGAGUUCGAGACUACCAUCAUGGUCAAGGUGUCCGGGGAGAAGCUGGUGGAGAUCGUGAUCGUAGGAGACGACGUUCAUCAGCACGGAGUUAAUGACAUACAUGAGAAGCCGGAUGUUGGAAGCAUCCCCUGA